UCCGUUGGGCUCAACUCCACGAUGCUAAGGGGAGUCACUUACGGUGCAAAAGGUACAUUUACUUUUUUGUUGGCAAGACCUCAGCACCAUAACCUGGGAUUGAAUUUUUCAUCAGCACGGACUGAAGCAGCCAACAGAAGCUUCCUAACGCGCUCCACUUACACAACCGACACAAAAUCCAGAGAGGAAAACAAAAAAACCAUUGAGAGUCUCUACAGAUUGUCCGUUGAUGUUAAGAAAAUACGCAGACUAAAGGAAUGGGUCCUUCUCCAGGAUGUGGCCUAUGUUCAAGAAAUCGCUGGGAUUUUACAGGAAAUGGGAGCGGAUGAGGCUGCUGUAGCCAACGUUUUAGAACGCUGCCCAGAGGCAGUUCUCCGUACCCCCGCAGAGAUAAACUCUCAAAGAGCUCUGUGGCAAUUAGUAUGCCAGAAUGAAAAACAGUUGAUUAAAUUAAUAGAGCAGUUUCCAGAGUCCUUUUUUACUACUGAGUAUCAGGAGAACCAGAAGGCAAAUAUACUGUUUUUUCAAGAGUUGGGACUUAAGAAUAACAUAAUCACCAGGUUCUUGACAAGUGCACCCAACAUUUUCUAUAAUCCUGUUGAGAAAAACAAAGACAUUAUAGAGACAUUACAAAGAAAUUAUUUAAGUUUAGGAGGUUCUGAUGCAAAUAUGAAGAUCUGGAUACUGAAGCUGUUGAGCCAAAAUCCAUUUAUUUUAUUAAAUACCUCCACUGCAAUCCAGGAGAACUUGGAAUUUCUCCAGAAGAAUGAUUUCACUGACCAUGAAGUUCUACAGCUGCUGUCCAAACUUAAAGGUUUCAUUUUUCAGCUCACUGCUUCUACUAUGCAGGAGAGUAUGCGUUUUUCCAAAAGCAUCUUUAAGUGCAGCGAUCAAGAAUUAAAAGAGCUCGUGCUGAAAUGCCCAGCCCUUCUCUACUAUUCUGUUCCAGUUUUGGAAGAAAGACUUGAAGGACUUCUGAAGGAAGGAAUUUCUGUAGCACAGAUUAAAGAGACACCAAUGGUGCUGGAGUUGACAACACAAAUUGUCCAGUACCGAAUUAAAAAACUCUCUGCCUUGGGAUAUGAUAUCAAGAGUGGAACUCUUGAAAGCCUGAAUGGUACUAAGAAAGAUUUUGAAGUCAAUUAUGGUAAGAUACAGUCGAAGAAGGAGAGACCUAUUUUUAAUCCUGUUGCUCCUAUACACGUUGAAGACUAA